ACGAUUCAUUUUGAAACUAAACCAAGAUCUGCUGUGAAGAUGAACACUGAGCCGUCCGCGGUUGGUUUUCUGUGGUUUUCAGGUGCUAUCUGUCCUCUGGAGGAGCUGUGUGACGUCGCUCACCGACAUGGAGCUCUGACCUUUGUGGACGAAGUCCACGCUGUGGGACUGUACGGAGCCCACGGAGCCGGCGUGGGAGAAAGAGACAAUGUUAUGCACAAGAUUGACAUCGUCUCUGGGACCUUAGGAAAAGCUUUUGGCUGUGUGGGGGGCUACAUUGCCAGCAGCGCCGCCCUGGUGGACACAGUUCGCUCCUACGCAGCAGGCUUCAUCUUCACCACCUCUUUGCCUCCGAUGAUCCUGGCUGGAGCGCUGGAGUCCGUGAGGGUCCUGAAGAGUCCCGAGGGACAGCUGCUUCGCAGAGCCCACCAGAGGAAUGUCAAAUACAUGAGGCAGCUGCUGAUGGAUAAGGGCCUGCCGGUGCUCAACUGCCCCAGCCACAUCAUCCCCAUACGGGUGGGCAACGCUGAACUCAACACUAAAGUGUGCGACACGCUGCUGGAAAAACACAACAUUUACGUCCAGGCCAUCAAUUACCCCACAGUGCCGCGGGGCGAGGAGCUGCUGCGUCUGGCUCCGUCUCCUCAUCACCACCCUGCCAUGAUGGAGUACUUUGUGGACAAACUGGUGGAGGUGUGGCAGGAGGCAGGGCUCUUGCUGAAUGGACCAGCCACAGUCUCCUGCACCUUCUGCGAUCGCCCGCUGCACUUUGACCUGAUGAGCGAGUGGGAGAAAUCCUACUUCGGCAACAUGGAACCACAAUACAUUACUGUGUCUGCCUAAAGCCAAAG